AUGAAUAUUGACGAUGUGCUCAAGUAUACACCAUCGCUUUCCGUUGCAGAGGAAGAGGAGUCUGAUGAGCCAAGUGCUCCAAAGAGAUCUAAGCUCGAUGUCGGCGCUAGCACCUCAAGCCACCUUUCCUCUGCCGACAUCGACAAGAUCAUUGAAGAAGCGGAAAAAGUUGAUGUUAAAGAGGUGAAUGAAGCGGAUUUGAAGCGUCUGAUUGGGCUCUUUGAAAGGCGACUGAAUAAGAACCAGGAAAUGCGCAUCAAACAUUCAGACAAUCCGGCUAAAUUUAUGGAUUCCGAACUGGAGUUGUUUGAUACCAUCAUUCAGCUGCACUCUUUAACUACUUAUCCAUCACUGUAUCAUUUCUUCAUUGAACAAAAAGCAGUUCCUAAGCUCCUCGGUUUGUUCUCCCACGAAAAUACCGACCUCACAAAGCACGUCGCAUCACUGAUAAUGAACUUGACAGACCUGGAGAACAUUGAAGAAAUGGACGAUGUUUCCGAGCUAAUGGAAGCUCUUUUUGAAAAUCAAAUUCUACAACAACUCGUUACCAAUUUGGAGAGGUUAGAUGAAAAGGUAGAGGAGGAAUCGGAAGCAAUUCACUACUCUCUAGGCAUCAUUGAUAAUCUGACCGAAUACAAAUCAGAACUGGGACCAGACGUCAAGCCACUCAUUA